UCAUCUAGGGAUAUUUACUGUUUGACAAUGGCUGAAACAGCAGUGAACUCUAACCUAACUCUUUCAAAUCAGAGCAUUGGGAAUUCAAGCUCAAAGAUCACAGCGGCGUCGAUAGAGUCCUUAGAGUUCAAAUACACCAAAGUAACAUUUUAUUUUGUGAUAUUAUUCUGUGCUACGUUUGGGAACUCCAUGGUCGUGUAUGUGAUUUGCACGUCAAGGAGAAUGAAGAGCGCGUCKCACUUGUUGAUCAUGAAUCUCGCUAUCUGUGACUUUUUCACGCCGCUAAUMAGCAUUCCAUUUGACUUUGCAUUGGAAGAGAAAGGCUACGAGUGGUUUUAUGGUGAUUUUAUGUGUAAAAUACUCUACCCRGCUGCUACAUUUAGUACCACAGCAUCUUCAUUGACUCUGGCAGCGAUCUCAUUGGACAGGUAUCGCUUGCUUAUGCACCCUUUCAAGAAAAAACUCUCAGCGCAACAAAUCAAAGCUAUAAUCGCUGGAAUAUACGUCUUCUGUGCGACUAUUGUUUCGCCUUAUACKUAUGUACUUAGUGUCAACAAUAACCAAUGCGGYGAACAAUGGCCAAAGUUUUUCUACCGACAAAUGUAUACCAUGUCGCUGUUCCUAUUCCAGUACGCCAUUCCUYUGGUUUUCAUGACAGUCAUGUAUACACUGGCGAUAAUCAACCUGUACUCGACCUCUGGUAAAGUGAGACACUGCUCAAUUCAAGGCACAUCCCGWAACCAYACUCGAAUGAAUCAAAACGGUAACAUUUCGCCUAUGAAACGGGUAUUUUCAAAGGUGAAUCCUUUCCGAAAAGCGUCMAAUUCAACYGAGGAAAAUCCUAACGUCAGAGCGACAAAGAUGUUUAUGGCUGUGGUUGUGGUGUUUGCUGUUUUUAUGUUUCCAAAUCAAAUAAUUUGGUUAUGGGUGGAUUUUGGUAAUGGCAGUGAUCAAAACUAUGCUCAAAUAGCCAUCAUAUGUUGGUUGUUUACCUACACAAACAGUGUAGUUAAUCCGAUUAUUUUUGCGAUAUUCAGCAAAGAUUUUCGCGUUGGAUUCAAAGGAGUCUUUCGACUAAUUUUUUGCUGUAAUCACGAGGCGCUGCCCGAGCGAUGCGGGCGAGGAGAGUAUCAUACCAAAAGCGACUCGUCUACUAAUGAGAUUUUGAAAGAAAAGGAUAAGCAGCACGCUUUGGCUUAUGAGAUUUGUAAUACUAACACUACCUACUCUGAUACACUGACCAGARAUGACUCUCAAAGCAAUCGUCUUCUUCAAACGAAAGAUUGGAAUCACAACUCSAGUUUGAAGGAAGAAGUUGACAAUUUUYCGCAUYKUGAAAGGAGAGUCYCUCCACUAUAUCAKAGUGAUGAAUCCCAUUAUCCAACUAAAACAGAAACCGAAACKUCUCAAAGGCGUAAGACAGGCAUUACGCAUACAAUACUCSAAGGGRAAGAAAUMMAGAGUAAACUUYUGGAGGAUAAGGAAACAUUACAAGCCCAAGAUAACAUAAUCCUUCCAGUUCUACCGCCAAAUUCUAUCGCAAUCCUGGACAAGUUACCUGAAACGGACUGUUGAGAAAAAGACUGAAAAAUACAUAAAAGAAAAAUGAAGAACAGCUAUCUAGUGAGACUGUAAGUGCCGCACAGAUGUGCAAGGUUACAAGUGAUGAAAUUUGUUUGGAAAAGAGGCGUAGCACGACUGAUAAUUCCAGAUUAGCUGCAUAAAAACUUUUCCUGGACAAUAACCAGAUAUAUCAUGCCAUGAUUCACGAUAUAAAGCUGAACGGGUUUGAUAACCUUUAACAUUUACARAAUCUCACGAAACAUUUCCUGCAAAAGCACGGGCACGAUAUUUCAUCUUGUUGACUAUUUUAUUCAAGAUUUCUGAUAUUUCACGGGCUGACAGUCUAUAUACCAUAUACAGUACCAGACUUAAAAACCGUUAUUUAUUUGUUAAGAUAUUAUUGUAUAUUACAUGAAAGUCUUCAUGGUGUAUAAUAAUUGUAUAGUGUACAAUCGAGCAUGUUUUAUUGGAAAGAUAAAAAGUAAAGCAUUUA